AUGUGUUCGAAUCCCGAAGAUUCAAGCCCGACUGGCCUCAACAGCGUUCCACCUCCACCAAUGCUAUCAUACCAGGACGGCAACGGCACUCUCCGCGAGAUAUUCGUGCCAGCCAGCCGCUACGAAGAAGUCCUCCGUCUUCACGAAAAGCAAGACUGGAAGGCACUCUCUCAGUUUUCUCCUUGGAGCGACUGCCCACCUCCUCCCCAGCGACACCCUGAUUCCAUGACAUAUACGCCCAAAGGUAGUGAAGGCGACGGUAAAAGGCGGACUAUCUAUCUACCUCAGGGCACUGCUGAGCGAGCUACUCUGCUAUUUGUGCAUGAAGAUUGGGCAGCUCUAGAGAAUGAGUUUGAGAUUUACAUCGAGAAUGAGCACGCGCGCGGUGUGGAGAGAAUGAGGAAGGCCAGGGAGGAUCAAGCAGCUUCUCAGCGUUGA